UCUCCUACACAUGAAAGUAAUGCAGAAAUAGCCAUUGAAACAGAGAUGUAGGAGUAGCCUUAAAUUAUUCAAGAUCUUUAUUACUAAUGAAUGCACUUUUGUGAGGCCUUAAAAAGGGUGCAACCUCAAUGUCAUUGUUUUAGAGGCAAUUGCUGCGCAGUCAGAACAAGACAUCAGCUCUCCAUAGGAAUGCCACGUCUGGAAAUCUGUUAUGACUCAGCUUUUCCCUCUUUCAAAACUGCCGAGUAACCUACACGGACUGUUUGCUAAACUGCUUCUUCCAUAAAGUCCGAAAGUUCCAGGGGCCCUCUUACCAACUGCCAUUCUAAGAAAUUCCUGAAAUGGAUCCAGAUAAACAAGAUGCGCUUAACAGUAUUGAGAAUUCCAUUUACAGAACAGCCUUCAAAUUACGAUCAGUGCAAACUCUGUGCCAGUUGGACUUGAUGGACAGCUCUCUGAUUCAGCACGUCCUCCUACGUCACAGUUUCUGGGAAGCAAGAGAGAGCCCCCUCUCUGUGCAACACCUCUUUAAGGCUCUUCAGGAGCUGUUUCAGAGAGUCAGGGCGGAAAAUCCAGGACAGGUGCAUCCCAGAGCUUCAGAACUCACUCUGAGCCUUCUCACAGCGAUGUAUGACAGCACGGGAACGGGCUUGCUCAAGCUGGCACCUGUGGCUGCUGCCCUGAUUGCUCUCUGCGGGGACAGCCCUCUUACGAAAUACAGAGCUCUUUUUCAGCUCUAUGCAGAAAAUAACAGGGGAGGUUAUGAUUCUGGGGCACGCAUGACUCGAAGGGUUUUGAGAAACCUACUAACAGAUCUACAGCAGAUCCCAACUGUUGUAGGGGAGAGUCGUGCUCUGUGCUCUGUGGAAAGUGCCACCCGCAGCUGUUUCCAAGGGGUGUUAAGCCCAACAAUCAAAGAAGAAAAAUUCCUCUCUUGGUUACAGUCUGAGCCUCCCAUCCUCCUGUGGCUCCCAACCUGCUAUCGGUUAUCUGCCACUGAAAUGGUCACUCACCCUGUUCGGUGUAGAAUCUGCAGGAACUUCCCAAUCACUGGACUGAGAUACCGCUGUCUGAAGUGUCUCGACUUUGACAUCUGCCAGGCGUGUUUCUUAUCUGGUCUUCACAGCAGGUCCCACCAGAAGGCCCCUCCUGUGUUUGAGCAUUGCGUCCAGCAGAUGUCAGCAAAGGAGAAUACAAAAUUCCUCCUCAGGACCCUCAGAAACAACCUGCUCCAAGGGCGCUGUGGGAGAAAAGAAGCUUUAAGAAGGCGGUGGCUCCUGGACCAGGUGACCCCAAAGAACAUGGCUGACCACGCAGAGGCCAGAGUCCUUAAAAAACAGUUAAACCGAUACAAAGACAAGUUGCAAGCCAUAUAUGCCGCCCAGAAAGAAAAAAGUUGCCGAUUUGAAACAAAGAUUCACCAACUCACGGCCAACCAGGAUAGUCUGUGGACCCAGCUACAGCAGAUGGGGCAGCAUCUACAGGUAAUGUUGCAGCCACUCCACCCUUCAUCUUCUUCCUGUCAAAAUGCGAUUUCCAAGGGUGACCACGGAAAGGUUGGAAGGUUUUGGAGGGGAGGAGAUUCUUCCCAGGUCACAAAUGCCACCGAAGCCUGUUCAGAAUGGGAACCUCUCGCUUACCCAACCAUGAUUGACAAAAGUCAGCAAAGUCAAGCAAAUGCAGAGCGUGCUGUACCAAAUUCAGAACCCCCAGAGGCCCUUUUGCCGCCGAAGUCAACACAAAGCAGCAGGGCACAAAGCCAAGCACCAAAGACCUCAAAGGAAAUCUUUAGCUCCUUACCCGGUUCUCAGGAAGGAUCGCUGCAGGACACCCCCCAUUUGGCUCCUGAAAUGAGCAGUCAUGCUCUGGCAACUGCAGACAGAAAAGAGAUGCCUAACAUCCAGGAGGGAAAGGAUGAGCUAGAGGAAAAGGAACUGCAAGAACUGUUGUCAAAACUUACAGAUGCCUUCACUCUAGAAGUGCCACCAGGCCCGCAAUCUUCGGUAAACAUGGACCUGUAUUGUGGAGCUGAGCGGCUGUGCAGGGCCUUCUCUGCCCUUGUCGAUCAAAUCACUUUGUCCAACUUGAAGUGAUAAGGAGUCCAGGCCCAAGGACCCCUUGGAUGAUGAUGAAACAUAUUUUCAAAAUCUAUACUAAAAGAAUUAAGCCUUUUACCUCUCCAUAAUCUGGUGUGAAAUGUGAAGAAAAUAAGUUUUAUUUUUUUCAUCUCCCUACUCACGUAUCUCAGUCCUGCAGUUCAGACUAAAACCCCGGGAGU